UAAAUAUUUUGCAUUGCGAGAGCCAACUACUCCUCUUAAACCCUAUCAUCGUCGCCGGCGGAAACCCUAGCUUCCUCCCCUUCCAUAGAUGGACGAAGAAAAGAUAAACCCUAGCUCGCCCGACGGCGGCCUCGCCCAUGGAUCUCCACCUCGAUCUCCUGCCUUCGAUCUCCCUGUAGAAGCGCCAAGAGAAUCCAGCACAGUAGACGAAGGCGUCUUUGUCCCAAGUAGCAACGGGGGAGGAGAAUCCGUCUCGUCCGCGCUGAACGCAGACGCUUUCAUGUCGAACAGCUCGGAGUUGGAUAUUCCCAUCUAUGAGAAGAUGGAGGGCGUUAGCUUGUCUGGGAAUUGCGAAGACCUGUUACCUGAUCCCCCUGUCCCUGUGGCUGCGGGAGAGGUUACGCGACAACAUCCUCUUUCAGAAGAUGACGAUAUGGAUAGUGGUUCGGAAGGUGGUGAAACAAGGUCGGACGACUCUGAGAGCGAUGAAUCGUCGAGCGAAGACUCGGACUCGUCUACUUCAACAGGCAGUAGCGAAGAUGAGAAAGAGGCUGAUGCCGGAUCUCAUGGUGUUGGUGGAGUGGGCAUCGAAGAGGGCCCUAUUGGGAGCGACAAUGAAGAAGAGGUUUUGAGUUGUCCUGUCAAGUCAAAAAAUGAGCUUGAGGUUCUUCCUCCGGUCCCUCCAGUUGAAGUCUCUUUGGAGCCGCAUCACCAGACAAUUCCAGUAGGGUUGAUUUCAUCAGUAUUUGGUAAUAGAGUUAUUGUUGAGGGCUCAGUGGAUCACAAUCCUUUAAAUGAGGGUUCCAUUCUGUGGAUUACAGAAACCAGGAUCCCAUUGGGUAUAAUUGAUGAAAUAUUUGGGCCAGUAAAGAACCCUUACUAUGUUGUUCGGUAUAAUUCUGAGAAAGAUGUUCCAGUUGGGAUUAUUGAGGGAACUGCUGUCUCGUUUGUUAUGGAAUUUGCUGCCUAUGUCCUAGAUAAGGACAUUUCUAAGAGAGGAUAUGAUGCAUCUGGUGAGAAUGAUGAGGAGGUCUUCAAUGAGAUGGAGUUUUCAGAUGAUGAAAAGGAAACAGAGUAUAAGAGAUCUCUGCGCCAGACAAAGAGAGGAACUGAUGAUUUCAAAUUUGGGAAUCGAGAGAAGGGCGCCCAGAAAAAGAAAACUAGGGAUAAAGGUAGAGGGGCUAACAAGAGCAACAUUCCAACUUUCUCCCAUGGUCCAGAAACUGUGGAACAAUCAGGCCCUGGCACACGUGGUCAUAACAAACCUUCUAGGUUAUGCAAUUCUGGUUCAGUCAAGUCAUUAUCUUCCCGACAUUUGGCUAGUGGAAGUGGAGUUGCACAGGCAGCCUCACUAGCUGUCAAUGCUCUAAGCAAUCCUGCUACUCCAUCCUAUCAACUGUCACAACAUCAACAUGCUUCCCCAGGCCAUGCAAUGCCAUUUUUGCAGCAAACGAAUCCUUCCAUGGCUUUCAGAAUGCCUAUACCUCUGCAGCAGCAGCAGCAAACUUUUUGGCCACCUUCAGUUCCAAUGCAAGAGCUUCAGAAUGUGAUGCUUGCUCAUGGAAUGCAGCAGCAGAUUGCUGCUAUGACCGGCUUGCAGAUGAAUUUGUUUCUAAACCAACAGCUGGAGAAUCAAGCUCGGCUUCACCAGCAUCAAAACAACAUUUUGAUGCCGUCUCAUCCACAACUUUUCCAGAUGCUGAGCACCCCAAAUUUACCACAAAUAGGCAUAAAUUCUUCUUGUGCUCUUGUGCCCCCGACCCUGGUGGGACAGGUUGGCAUUGGCCAAGCACCUUUGAUGCCCGUGCCCGCCGUCCAAGGCGUUUCCCCGAUGCUAGGUAAUCAUCAAAGUCAUGGUCAGCCAUUCCUGGCAGCUUCCAGACAAAGUGCGAUAACAGAUCCUAUGCAGUUUAACCCAGGGAGUUCAUCUGGUAGUGGAAGAAUGCCCCGCCGAAAAGGUGGUGGCAAUUCAUUUAAGAGAGGCACGUGAAGCUGAAAAAGGGAUUCUUGUUUGGGAAGGCCUUUUUUUCGCUUACGAAGUUUUAUAAACUUUAGUCAGCUUGUUAAAUUGCUCAAGACAAUAAGUCUUUCUUUGUAUUUCGAAGCACAACAUGUUGUAGCAUAUCAACACCCUAGGAGGUUUGGUUGUAAUAACUGAUGUAUUGGCGAUAGGUAUAGCAGAUCAUUUAUGCUAUUGAAUUAGUUUAUGCUGUUUUAGAUUCUUCUAA